GGAACACGAGUCAAGCGAGUCACAGCCCACCAACUCGCACUCGGAAUGCAUCGAUCGACAUGCUUCUUAACUGACUUUUGCUCGCCACAACCGCUUUGCCUUCCAGCCCGAAGCCGUUUGUCCGUCACCGACCUCAGUGCUUCUUGUCCACAGUGGCAGCUAUCUCCACCUCCCUUGCGAAACCCUCGUUUCGAACUGAUAUUCUCCGCGUUUACCGAACGAUGCAUUUCUGUCUGGUAGCAUCGUGACGACUACACUGUACCGGCCGGCGAGUCGGCCGCACCCACAUUCAAGAGUGCGUCCAGUAUGACCCGCGAUGGACAGAAUAGCCAAGGAAACAACACCCCGCCCUUAUCACCCCUCCUCAGGUCACGCACACUGGACGUCCAGCCUUUACGAAUCCCGAAGAACAAGAGUACUUCAAAUCUGCCGCCGGCCGGCAACGAUGCGUCGUCCUAUAACCCGCGGAUGCGGUUCUCUUUUGAUGCGGGCACGACGCAGGAAAUGAACCAUCUGAAGAGGGCUGCACGUAUUGACCACGACCUUGGACUUGGAAAGUCGGGCCUUCGAAGGAUCAGACGACCAGGACCUUCACUACGCACUCCCACCUUACUACUGGAAGAUGGCGAUUUCCUUCCCUCCCCCCUUCACCACUCCAAGACGAUGCCCAUUUCGGGCUCAUCCUCUCGGUCUGUUUCGACCGGAUACUUGCAGAGCGGCCCAACCUCUCCCGUCAUCGAAGACCUGCACCGGUUUCCUUCAGAAUCUCUGCACUCGUUCUCGUUUGCCAGACAAUCGGAAGAGUUUUUGCACAGCAGACAAAACAUCUUGCAAAAGUCGGUUGAUUUCGUGCGAGAUCGGUCUCAGUGGGCUGCCAAUCCAGCUCUUGCAGAUGCUCAGGCGCGGGUCAGUGGCAAUGUUGAAGUCCAGGGAAUGAUGGAUUUGCUCAAAAAAGCCAACAUCAUACCGAUCGAUACCACCAACAGCAACGUACGAGCUAUCGGCGCAGGGCCUAUCACAGGCCCAGCUCACCAUGACGGACGCAACAUUUUUGAGAAGAGUUUUAGCCAAGAGUUGGAACAAGCACAAAAGGAGGCCGAAAGCACGUAUACGCAGGACCACAGUCCGCGGCGCAAGUAUUCGUUGGGCGAUGACGACGAUGACUUGCUCCGCGAGCCAGACCUUGAGAUGAGGAGACCGCCGACCCGUGCUGACUCCAUGAGUGCUCCACGGCGAACAGCCCUCAGGCGGACCUAUACAGACGUGCAUUCUGUGUCGCUGCAGCAGAAGCUCAUCGAAGCACUUGCACAGCCUUAUUCGACCGACGAAAGUUCUCACGCGCAAAAUGCUGCCACCGUCUCCAGGAACACCAUGCCUGCUACACCUGCAGUCGUGCACCCAUCGAAUGUGCAUACUCAUAGCAGCAAAUUUUCGCCAACCCAUCAAGCAGUCUUCCGCACUGAAGGAGAUGCCCCUUGGACCAUUCUGGCUGCCAACGAUUUGGCUUGCCUUAUUUUCGGAAUUCAGCGAGCUGAAGUCCGGUCACUGAGCAUUCUCGGGAUCAUCCAGGAGGAAAGGAGACACUGGCUGGAAACAAGGCUAUCUCGACACGAAGAACAUGUGGAAGAGAUCCGCUCCACUCCAUCCAAGAAAGGGACUGGAAGUACAAGCAUGUCGCUAGUUGGGUCCAGAAGUGGUAUUACAGCUAGACUGCUUAGUAAAGCUCCCUCUAGAGCUAACAAACCUUCAGACAAAAGAUCAAAGACUGGGGACAGCUCCGAUGGCUAUAGCCGCUCGAAGCCGAUGAAUCACCCGCCUACCAAAUCGAGAGGCGUACUUCUCUGCGGUGAUAUCGUGCCCAUUCAGAGACGAGACGGCACCAAAGGCGCGGCAAGUUUCUGGGUGAUGGAGAAGCGUGGCGGUCUCAUCUGGGUUGUUGAAGAAAUUGCUGAGGACGUUGCAUACUUGGACAUCGAUCACCUCGGCAAGGUCAAAGAUGCCCAUGGGAGUGUGCAAGCCAUCUGGGGUCAAUCUGUGCUCGAUGGUCUUCCGCUUCAAGAUCUCCUUCCCAAGUUCCCUUUGGAGGCCCUUGAUCCAUUUGACAAGCUCCAUGCAGGUUAUUAUACUGCUCGAACCGUCGAUUACGUCAAUGUGCCGACGACGAUUGAGAAGUCACCUACCGAAAGGCAGCUUCGGGUCUCAAGUUUGCCACACAUCGCCGGGGUUAUGGUCCUGAAUCCGGGUAACCUCAAGAUCAGUAGUUCCAACAACAUUUUCGCUGCUGCAUUGUUUGGAUACGAGAAGCCGCAAGGCUUGGAUUUCACCGUGCUAAUACCUGGCUUUGGUGACAUGCUGAAUAUUUUGGCCAGCGAGGACGGUCUCCAACUUGCCGAUGGGAUAGUUAUUCCGGAGCACAGUUUUCGUCGAGCACGAGCUCUCCUUGCACUUCGCGAAGGGAAAGAAAACCCUACCAACAUUUUCCUCCGGCCUUGUGGUUUACCAGCGAAGCAUCAUGACGGGUCGGACAUCAUGGUGGAUGUGCAGAUGCGGGUGGUACGCAGCGAGUCUGUCUUUCCAAUGUCUGACGAUGCUAUCAUUGAGGAGAAAGAAGAUGAGGUUCGAACCGAGUCGAGUGCUGCGGUGGCCGAGCUCGUUUACGCCGUCUGGAUCAUUUACUCGCGCAAUAUUCAUUCGACUGGAAUGGUGGGAUCGAGUGCCAACCCUGAGCCUCAUUCACGUCCUCUAUCACCACCUUCUCAGCCUGAACCGCCGCCCUCAUUGCCGUCUCCGCCGCCUACAGCAUCUGGUGACGGCUCGCAAUUGUCUCUCCCACCUGAGGACUCAGACGAAACAGGAUCGAUUACCAUGGAUGAGCCGCUUGAGCACCCGCCACCUCAUACUCCAUAUAUACCUCAUGAUAAAAAGACCAUCAAUGACUUCACCAUUCUGGAGGAAAUGGGGUCCGGUGCAUAUGGCCAAGUCAAGCUCGUUCGAUACAAACGAGGAGAGGCCAGGAAGAUGGUGCUGAAAUACGUGACAAAGAAACGGAUCCUCGUCGAUACUUGGACUAGAGAUCGUCGACUGGGUACCGUGCCUUUGGAAAUCCACGUCCUCGAUUACCUCCGACGCGACGGGCUGCGCCAUCCGAAUAUCGUGGAGAUGAUUGAUUUCUUUGAAGACGACGUGAACUACUAUAUCGAGAUGUUGCCCCAUGGCAUUCCGGGCAUGGAUUUGUUCGAUUAUAUUGAACUGCGAACGAACAUGACUGAAGCAGAGAGCCAAAACAUCUUCCGUCAGGUCGUUGACGCUAUUCACCACCUUCAUACCAAGGCGUUGGUGGUCCAUCGGGACAUCAAGGAUGAAAACGUGGUCCUGGAUGGCGAGGGCCGCAUCAAAUUGAUUGACUUUGGCAGCGCUGCUUAUAUCAAGAACGGGCCGUUUGAUGUUUUUGUUGGCACUAUAGACUAUGCUGCACCAGAGGUUCUACAGGGGAAAAGCUACGGCGGAAAGGAACAGGACGUCUGGGCUUUGGGCAUUCUGCUGUACACAAUUGCGUACAAAGAGAAUCCUUUUUAUAACCUAGACGAAAUCCUCGAUCACCCCUUACGAGCCCCAUAUCUUCCGUUCUCCCAAGAGUGCCUGGACCUUAUCCGCAAGAUGUUGGACCGAGAUGUAGAGAAGAGGAUCACCAUCGAAGAAGUACGGGACGACGUAUGGCUUGAAGAGGACUGUUAGAAGUUGGCUGUACCGCCUUCUGUUCCGGCGGCACUUGUUUUUAGCGACCAUGGUUUGGAGGCAACGAUAAUUACGACAGCGGACGCCAAAAUACAUUUCCAUCUCCGGGUACUGGAUCGACUCUUUCUAGAAGGAAGCAUUUCCCAGCAGCUGUCUGUAUCGUGUUGGAUGUCAGCAGGAGAAGAUAGAAAAUGGCCCCAAAAGGACGACAACCGGCACUCGACGCAGCCGGAAUCAACUGCAGAGCUCAGUGGGGUUGGUUGCAGCUGACCUUGGGGUAAUAUCGCGGGUUUGGCCACGCAUUGGACAUGGACGUGGAAAGAGGUGGCUGGCCACGGUCCCUGGCGUGCCCUGGGGUAUUCCAUACGACAGGCGCUGACAGGGCGCCUGUUCUGCACCCCUGAAAGAUCUCGCAGACCCACGUGCGGAGGAAAGGGUGCUUCCGGCACUCUCUCAGUAACCAGACGGGCAGAAGCAAAUGACAAUUCCAGCCGUUCUUGUUGCGUACUCGAUAGCUUUCCCG